GGAUGGUGUUUUGGUUAACGGUUUCCGGGUGUUGUCGGGAGCAGAGGACUGGCUUUGGCUGGCUUUUGGAUGAUUUGUAAAAAGGAAUUAAAAGGUUACUGGAUUGUAUAAAUUAUCAAAAUGAACAGAAUAUUUGGACGUGGAACGCCAAAAGCCCCUCCUCCAAAUCUAUCCGAUUGCAUCGGAAACGUGGAUGCGAGGGCGGAGUCCGUUGACAAGAAAAUCUCCCGACUAGAUGCUGAGCUCAUGAAGUACAAAGACCAAAUGAAGAAGAUGAGAGAAGGCCCCUCAAAGAAUAUGGUGAAACAAAAAGCAAUGAGGGUUCUGAAGCAAAAAAGAACGUAUGAAGGCCAGAGAGAUCAAUUAACCCAACAAUCCUUCAACAUGGAGCAGGCCAACUAUACUAUCCAGUCACUGAAGGAUACAAAAACAACUGUAGAGGCUAUGAAAAUCGGUGCCAAAGAGAUGAAGAAGGCCUACAAAAAUGUGAAGAUUGAUCAGAUUGAAGACCUUCAGGAUCAGCUGGAAGACAUGAUGGAGGAUGCUAGCGAAGUCCAGGAAGCCCUUAGUCGCAGCUAUGGCACCCCAGAGAUAGAUGAAGAUGACCUGGAAGCAGAGCUGGAUGCACUUGGGGAUGAGUUGCUCCUGGAUGAUGACAACUCCUAUCUAGACGAAGCUUCGUCUGCACCUGCCAUCCCAGAGGGAAUGCCCAGCGACAGCAAAACAAACAAGGAUGGUGUUCUUGUGGAUGAAUUUGGUCUGCCACAAAUCCCGGCCACAUAGGGGAAA